AUGCAUCGUAAAACAAACAAAUACCUUCAGCGAGAGGCCAAUUUAAACACUGUCCAUGUUGUCGUGGGCAAUGAGGCCUGUGAUCUUGAUUCAGCUGUUAGUUGCCUAUUAAUGUUUCAUAUUGUUUCCAAAAUGUCGGACGAAAUCAAUGGCAAAGACAAAAGUAGAACCCUUUAUAUACCUUUGUUGAAUGUAACUCGCGAUCAACUUGAGAGCAAGUGCGAGGUUCUCUGGUUUCUUCAAAAAACUCUCAACAUUGAUAAAUCCUUUUUAACUUGUAAGGACGACAUUGAUUGGGUUGAAAUUAAAAAAAAUGGAAUCGAGGUACUGGUUACACUUGUUGAUCAUAAUUUCAAUGAAGAGUUCAGUGAAAUUGGUCGAAUUGUUGAAAUAAUCGACCAUCAUCAGGUUCAAAAUCCUCAAUGGCUAAUUGAGAAUCAAAACUCAAUCCGAUUAUCAUUAGACACUUCAGUGGGCUCUUGUACAACAUUGAUCGCGGAGCGAUUGUUUUAUAUUUACGCGGAGCACCAUGUUGCCGACGAGAUACUAUUGCUCAUUUAUGGAACUGUUCUUUUGGACACCAUUUGUUUGUCUGAAAAGGCAAAACGUUUCACUAGACGCGAUGUGUACUUAUUAAAAAAGUUGGACGCUUUAUUGGGUUCCAAAAAACCCGCUCGCGCCGAGCUUUAUAAACAAUUGGUUGAAGUUAAAAACUCGGCUAGAGAGUUGAAUUUCGAACAACUCAUGAAACGCGAUCUCAAAGUUUUUAAAGAUGUACAUGGUAUUCGUAUAGGUAUUGCAAGCUUAUUUGGAAUGGAAGCGAAAGAAGCGCUCGGUUUGGCUGCAAACAUUGAUUUAGACCUAUUCUUUCGUCAAAAUAACUACGAGGCAUUCAUCAUUAUGGGCCUGAUUGCAGAUUGCGAUCAUUCAGAUAGUAUCUCGAGGGAUCUGGUGCUCAUUUCCGCAAAUAGUCGGCUGUUUGAGGAAUUGUGCAAGGCUUUCCAGCACGAUACCAGCAAGCUUGAUCUUGCGCCCAUCGGCUCUGAUUCAAAUCCAGACCCUGAAGAUAACAUAAUCAACAAUAAAAGGAUUGUCGACAGUAGUAGCAUUGACGGUAACGAUUCAAUACAUUACAAGGCGCGCAUUUGGCUUCAGAGGAAUGUUACCUCAUCACGCAAGGUAGUUGCACCUCUUGUUCUCAAGGUAUUACACGACGGCUUCUCAUAA